UGACCGUCCACACCGUCAUGGGGAGGCGAGAAAACCGGCCAACCAGCCAAAGAAAAGGGGUCAGGCCAGGAACCAAACCCUGUUCAGUGCUGGCCCUAAGCUUUCCGACAGCCCCAGUCGGGGCUCCACCCAUGAUGCCAACCGCGGCACUGCGAUGGGCUGCCCGCACCCUCAGAACCGGCUCUCCUUGUCGAUCCUGUCCUUCCACAGCCCCCCCAUGGCGUGGGUGGGUGGUCUCGCGCGCGCCAGUCGGAGUCCUGAGGAGAGGAGAACAAGAAGAGGGGGGACCCAUGCCCUCGUCAUGGCCCAUGCUUCCCACCACCGUCGAUGCCCGUCAAUUUCUGGUCGGUUUUUUUUUCUUUUUUUUUUGGAAUUUGCUGUCCACCUGCUUUAUUGCGUCCAUCGCCCGGACAUGGGGACUGCCCUUUCCCAGUGACAUACAUCCAGCGCACACUUGAACCAUCGAGAAUUUCGCCGCAGCAUGGACGACGGCGAACCCAGACGUCCCCGGGCGAGGUCCGAUGUGGCCUCGCCGCGCGAUGAGACCGCACCUCGAUCCCCUCGAUCCCCCAUGUCGCCCCCGCGCCGACGAGGCACGACUGGGGAUGGCGACUUGAUCUCGCCCACCCGCCGGGCCACGGGCCUGGACGACCUCGGGUCGGGCAUCCGCCGCCACAGUUCAGCGGCCUCCCGCCGCAGUGGCAGCGGCGUCCCCAGUCUGGCGCCCCGGACCACCCUGGCCGAGCGCACGCAGGGCCGCUUCACCAUGGCCGGUCCGGAUGAGACGCCGCAGCUGCGCCUGGCCCACGAACCCUUCGUCCAGCCGGGCUACGGCGACCUCAACCCGGCCUACGAGCAGCCGGCCAAUGCCAAACCCGUCUGGGGGUUGGCCAAACCGCUGCCCCGGGUUGUGCGGUCGGGCAUGGUGCCCACGAAGGAGGAACUGCUGCAGGCCCGGGCCAACGUGCAGCUGCCGGCCGAGAAUUCCCAGAAGCUCGGGCUCGAGGUCGACCCCAACGACCUCGAGCAGGGCCAGAUCGAGAAGACGGCGGACCCGCGCAAGAUGGCGGCCCAAGUGGAGGAUGCCCGGCUGCAGCGCGAGACCAACUUCAUGAACAAGAUCCUCAGUGGCGAUGCCACCACCACCACCCGACAAGGUUCGCGCCUCUCCCGCACCUCGUCCUCGCGCAUCCGCCGGCCGUCGGCCUGGGAUCUCCCCCCGGAGAACCUGUCCACGGUGCCCGAGGGCGAGACCCCCGCCCCCAGUGAGACCCCCGAGGAGGGGUUCCCGCCCCAGAGUGACGAGCCCCUGGAGCCCGUCCCCGAGGAGCCCGAGUGGCGUGCUGACGAUGAUGGGAAGGCCGGGCUGGCUGGGCUGGACGAUCUCCCCAGCCUGGACGAGAUCGAGGCGGCGUAUCCGGACGAUCUGCAUCCCCUGGUGCAGGAGCUGGUGGAGGACGAAGUGCACAACAACCACACCACCUGGUCCGUGAUCCGCACCCACCACCGCGAGGCCCUGGCCGAGUCCCUGGGCGUCUUCGUGCAGCUCUUCGUCGGCUUUUCCGCCGAUCUGGCCGUGACGCUGGCUGAUGCCGGCAAUCCCAACACCACCUCGUGGGCCUGGGGGUUGGCCACCAUGAUGGCCAUCUACGUGUCCGGUGGGGUGUCCGGGGCCCACCUCAACCCGACCAUCACCAUCAUGCUCUGGUUCUAUCGCGGGUUCCCCAAGCGCAAGAUGCCCGAGUACUUUGCCGCGCAGUUCCUGGCGGCCUUUAUCGCCGCCCUGGCCGCGUACGGCCUCUACUACGAGUCGAUCCGACACUACCUGCUGACCCACGACACCACCGACAUCAUCACCAGCUUCGUGACCAGCCAGCGCGAGGCGUGGAUCGGGCCGGGGACGGCCUUUUUUACCGAAUUCCUGGGGACCAUGGUGCUGACGGUGGUGGUGUUGGCGCUGGGGGACGACCAGAACGCCCCGCCGGGUGCCGGGAUGAACUCGCUGAUCGUGGGUCUCAUGGUGACCUGCAAUACCAUGACCUUUGCCUAUCAGACGGGCGCCGCCCUCAACCCCAGUCGGGACUUUGGCCCGCGUCUCGCCCUGCUGGCGCUGGGCUAUGGGUCGUCGCUGUUCACCAACCCCUACUGGUUCUACGGGCCGUGGGCGGGUUCCUUGACGGGGUCCUUCCUGGGGGCGUUUUUGUAUGAUUUUUUCAUCUUCACGGGGGGCGAGUCGCCGGUCAACUACCCCUGGGAGCGGACGCAGCGGGCCAUGCGGAAGAGCCGGAUGAAGUGGCAGCAGCGAUUGCGGCUGUCGCGGCGGGAGCGCGGCGAGAAGACCGUUCGCUGAGGGCCGAGGAGAUUGAUUCCGGGGUGGUCGGGGGGUUGGAUGGGGGGAGGGUGAAUAUUGUACAUACAUACGGGUUCUGUGAUGAUUGCUUUUCCUUUUUUCUAUAUGAUAGCUACGUUAUACCAGUGCUGUUUCUCCACCGCCUCGUGGCAUUCUCGUGGUGGCAUCGGGGCAUCCCACCCACCUCGGGAUCCCGAUCUCAGG